AUGUGGUCUCUAAUCCUGCUGCUUCUGGGUAGCAGUUUAUCAUUAGGCCAAAAUGAGUGGGAAUUGGAGAACUUGAUAAAGAAACCCCCAUCAAUGACCUCCAGCUUCCAACAAGAAUAUGCCGUUGCCGAUAAAGGCAAGGUUGAGUUCAUUGUGAGCUGCCAAGCUAGUGGAAACUGAACAUACACAUGGCAAGUGGACGGCAGGGAAAUUAAUAACCAUAUGUACAGAAAUUUGUAUCCAAAUGGCACUCUCUUUAUCAGUGUUUCCAAUGACACUUUUAGUCCCUACGGUGUUUAUCAGUGUUUCGCUACAAACUCCUUGGGAUCAGCCAUGUCCACGAAGUUCACUCUCAUGAAGCCUCGGCUGACUGUAUUUGAACGCCAGAAACGUCAGGAGAAAGCUGUUACGGAGUAUAAUUACGGAGUGAUUGAGUGUGAUAGACCACCUAUUUGCAAACCGGAUUGGGCUUGUUCUACAAACUGGAAAAUGGGCAGUGGACCAACAGACACUGUUAAUAUCGGUGAUCGUAUUGCUAUUGGUAAAGAUGGUUCACUUCAUUUCCUGUAUCUCCUAAGAACCGAUCAGCUAGAUUCAGGAGAAGCUUAUGCCUGUGCAACUAGGAAUAAUGUUAUGACCUUCACUGCUGACGGUAGCCCAACUGCACUAAGCAUCACCCAAGUAGAAAACAAACCAUUCCAUAGUUUGAAGGGACGAAAUUCUUUUGGAGCAACAGGCACAAUAGGGAAGUCGGCUACACUUGAGUGCAUCUUUUCUGGCUAUCCUCUGCCUUAUGCCAUCAAAUGGUACCGUUCUGAUACUGAAGUUGUUCCUGGAAAUGAUGGAAAGUAUGUGUUAGAGAACAGCCAAAGGCAGCUUAAGAUCAACGACCUGAUAUCAGAGGAUGAAAGUGAAUACUCCUGUAUAGGCUUCCAGGCAAGCACAAACGACAUAAUAAAAAGAACAAUGAAGGUGUACCUUAACGUGACAGGACCACCACAGCCGCUUCCAAAUCAGAUGCAAAAUGUUGUGAAACCUGUGGGAUCUGAUAUCAAGUUUUCCUGUAAUACCACCUCUCUUCAUAAUGAGUUACCUCCUGUUGGUCCUAUAUGGUACUUCAACGGGAAGGAAAUCCCAAACGCUGAUAUUAUGGGUUUCGAAAUCAACUUUGAAUCUGAUGGCGUAGUUCUAGUCAUCAAAAAUAUCCAGAAAAGGUAUACUGGCAGUUUCCAGUGCAUGUCAUACAACAGUGAAGGAACUUUCAUGAGGGAUGCAAUUCUCGUCAUUAUAGAUCCCAUCACAAUUGAUUUGUCUCCUCCUGCCACCAUGGAGAUCUUACCUGAGACGGUACAAUACCUGGCAGUGUCAGCCACAACAGAUCCGAAGUUCACUCUCAAGUACAGCUGGUCCUUCAUCAACUCCAAUGGUGACUCAUUCUAUAACACAAAUUCUGGCACCAACUUCCCAGAACAGUUGAAACUUUCCGCAGACAGACAGAAUCUAACACUGGAUGGCAGCAAACUAGCUAACGGAGAUAUCUACACAAUUGUUGGUUCUUAUGCUGUGCGUGUCUUCCAUGAGUAUGACGAAGUCAUUUAUACUACAGAAGUAACUACUGAUGACAACAUUAAAGCCGCUCCUGUUGAGACAAGUUCUGCCGGAGGUUUCAAUCCCAUCAUCAUUGCUAUCAUCCUUGGAGUAAUCGUCCUAUUCAUUGUUAUCUUCCUCAUUGUCUGCCUUCUCUACAGAAAUAGAGGCGGUACCUACCCACUGGAUAAGAAAGAGUUGGCUGCUGGACAUGACCCAGAGAAGGAGUUGGCCGACAGUGGUUUCCAUGACCUCUCCAGAGCGGAUGGUUUUGAUGAUGUGAAGCCUAUAAACGAUAGAAUGUCCCUUAACGACAGUGAUAAGGACUACGAUAGUGACGAUGACCUGGACCAGGAAUACGGCAUGGACUUUGAUACAUCAAAGUUCAACGAGGACGGCUCUUUCAUCGGCCAGUACACAGAUAGUAAACGCCAUCCUACUAACCAGUCAGUUGUUUAAGAGAGGACACUGAAUAGGGAAUCCUACCUAUGUUUACAUACCUGACAUUUUGCCUAUUUGGAGAAGAAUUGGACAAGUAUAAUGGCAAUUUUUACUAGGUCUUUGGAAAAAAAGAUGUUAGGAAGAGUCAUCUCCAGUCAUCGCACUGAUCUGAACAUAUCUUAGAAGAUGUUAACUGGUGCAAGACAGAUUUAUUUUUCUAAACAGAAUAACAUUUUGAGUUUCAACGAUAAUGUGUUCAUUUCUUUCUGUAGUCACGUCGA